AUGGCCUGUAUAUUCUGCAAAAUCAUCAAGGGAGAAAUCCCUUCCAUGAAGCUCUUCGAGAGCGACAAGACCUUCGCUUUUCUUGACAUCCAGCCGCUAAGCUACGGCCACUCCCUCAUAAUCCCGAAGCACCACGGCGCGAAGCUCACCGACAUCCCCGACGACCAACUACACGAGAUUCUGCCCGUCGCAAAGAAGAUCGCGGCAGCAUCCGGCUGCGACGACUACAACAUCCUGCAGAACAAUGGUCGGCUGGCGCAUCAGGUUGUCGACCAUGUCCACUUCCACAUGAUACCCAAACCGAACGAGAAGGAAGGGCUGGGGAUCGGUUGGCCAGCGCAGAACGCGGACAAGGACAAGCUGCAGAAGCUGCUGGAGGAAAUCAAGGCGAAGAUGUAG